UAAGCCGUUUCUUAUUUUUUUAAUUUAUUUAUUAUUUAUUCCUUAUUUAUCUUUCUUAAUCUUAUUUUUUCCAAAUGUUUUUGUUUCCACACACCUCUUUCUCUUACCUGUCUGCUUUUCUCUUAAUCAUCUCACUUCCUUUCUCUCUGUCGUUUUAUCUCACUGACUCCAACCCACUGUUAUCCUUUGAUACUCAAGUCAGAGAGGUGCACCUCUACACAGAAAAUCACAGAAGAGGGAUGUAUCUGCAGAUGACCUUGGAUGGGAGAGUGUCGGGAAGUGAUGCUCAGACCCUUUACAGUGUGCUGGAGCUGAAAUCCGUUAAACCAGGCCACAUAGUCAUCAAGGGACGGUCAUCAUCUCUGUUUCUCUGCGUGGACAGCGGAGGCCAUUUGAGGGGGCAGGGCCAAUACUCAGAGGCCGACUGCACCUUCAGAGAACUGCUGCUGGCGGAUGGAUACACCCGUUUCCUUUCCUCGCACCACGGGUUUCCUGUGUCUCUGGCGCCGAGACAUUUACCAGAUCGACACUCAGUCCCCUUCACUCGAUUCCUACCACUCAGGAAUACUUUGCUUCUGGAGAGUGUGUCUGAACAAACGCCGCCAAACAAUCAGAGACAUUUCAACGUGGACUCUGAUGAUCUUCUUGGGAUGGGUCUGAAUACUGUGGGCAGUCCUCAGUUCUCAGUGGACAAGUAA